GCUAGCUUCGUUAGCACUCGUUAGCUCCCCAUAUAAACAUUGUGCCAUUUUACUGUGCUUUUUCUGCACCUACCGCCUCCACGCAGGACAGAUCAUGGUUAUUCGCUAACAGCCCGUCAUGUCGGCUCGGAAUGCACUUGUAGGAACCAUCCGGAGGCUUUAAGUGUCUCUGAUCACAAAUGCCCAUGAUACAGCUGGAAAAGCCCGUGCUGCCAGGGACCAUGCCUGUGGUUUGGCCCACCAUCCUCGACCUGGGCAGGGACGAGUGCAAACGAAUCCUCCGCAAGCUAGAGCUGGAGGCGUACGCUGGGGUCAUCAGUGCCUUACGGGCCCAAGGCGACCUCACAAAGGACAAGAAGGAUCUGCUGGGAGAGCUCACCAAAAUCCUUGGUAUUUCAACAGAGCGGCAUCGUGCAGAAGUCCGCAGGGCUGUCAAUGAUGAGCGCCUCACAACCAUUGCCUAUCACAUGUCUGGUCCUAACAGUUCCUCCGAGUGGUCCAUAGAAGGGCGGCGCUUGGUCCCGCUCAUGCCCAGGCUGGUUCCCCAGACAGCUUUCACUGUCUCUGCCAACGCUGUGGCCAGUGCUGCAGCCAAUCAGAAUGCAUCGCUGCUGCUUCCUGCCCAAACAGGAAACAAAGAAGUGGUGGUGUGUUACUCUUACACCAGCACUACCGGGACCUCCAGCUGUGCCACGGCGCCUGGGGGAGUGAUAGGGGCCACAGUCAAGUCUCCACGGCCCCCGAGCCCAUCCUCCAAUGUGGUGGUGCUGCCCAGUGGAAGCACCGUCUAUGUUAAGAGUGUGAGUUGCUCUGAUGAAGAGGAGAAGCCCCGAAAACGCAGGAGGACCAACUCGUCCAGCUCUCCCCCCGUAAUGUUGAAGGAGGUAUCCAAAGUGUCCCCUCCAGCAUCCAAGAGCAUCAGUGUCCCUGUGAGCGGCAGCCCCAAGAUGGGUAACAUUAUGCAGAGUAUCGCCAACUCUCUGCCCCCACACCUGUCCCCCGUCAAGAUCACUUUCACCAAGCCCACCAUCCAGACCACCAACGCUACCACGCAGAAGGUGAUCAUUGUGACCACAUCUCCGAGCUCCGGGUUUGUCCCUAACAUCCUGUCCAAGUCACAUGCCCACAACAGUGCGGCCAUGUCCAAGCUGGGCUCCACGGGCGUGCUGACCCCUCCCUCCCACAAACAGACUGUGGUAUUCCCCUCCAGCUCCAGCCCCUCCCACACCAUCGCUGUGACAACUGUGGUGUCCUCCUCCCCCUCGGUGCUUAUGUCCACUGUGGCUCCAUCCGCUGCCUCAGCUGGAGUCAAGGUGGCCACGGCCCGACUGCCCUCUCCCAAGACCCUGGUGGGCUCCCCGUCCCAGAUCCUGGCACAGCUGCCCAAACAGCAGCCCCCCAAGCAGCUGCAGCAGAGCCCCCCAGUGGGAAACCCCAGUGUGAGCCAGAGCCCGGGCCCCAGCGCCUCCCCGGGAGCCAAACCCACCAUUCAAAUCAAACAGGAGUCAGGAGUAAAGAUCAUCACGCAGCAGGUGCAGCCCUCCAAGAUCCUGCCCAAGCCCUCGUCUGUGGCCCUUGCCAGCAGCAGCUCCUCUCCCAUCAUGGUGGUGAGCAGCAACGGAGCCAUCAUGACCACCAAGCUGGUCACUCAGCCCACUGCUUCACAAGCGACCUACACGCGCCCCACUGUGAGCCCAAGCCUAGGGGCCAGGCUCUCUGCUUCAGGGGGAGGGGCCACCUACGUUAAGACCACCAGUGGAAGUAUCAUCACUGUAGUGCCCAAGUCUCUAGCCACUUUAGGAGGCAAGAUCAUUAGCAGCAACAUCGUGUCUGGCACCACCACAAAGAUCACCACCAUCCCCAUGACAUCUAAGCCCAACGUGAUCGUGGUGCAAAAGACCACUGGGAAAGGAGCCACCAUCCAGGGCCUGCCCGGGAAGAACGUGGUCACCACACUGCUCAAUGCUGGGGGGGAGAAAAGCCUCCAGGCCGUGCAGGGGACCAAACCGGCCAUCAUCACCGCCUCCCGACCCAUCACAAAAAUGAUUGUGACCCAGCCCAAAGGCCUGAGUUCCGGAGCCCAGACUACAGCCACCAAGAUCAUCCCCACUAAGAUCGUGUACGGCCAGCAAGGCAAGACACAGGUGCUGAUCAAGCCCAAGCCAGUGUUCCAGGCUGCAGUGGUGAGCGAGCAGGCCCGACAGCUGGUCACAGAGACCCUGCAGCAGGUGAGCCGCUCUGCUGAGCCGGGGCCGGGCUCUCAUGACGGGGGCCCCAGAGAGGAAGUGACUGCUGGGGCUGCUUAUGCUGAGAGUGCAGGGCUGCUGGCGGAGGCUGCUCCAGGAGGGUCCCAAGAGGCUCAGGCUGUAGUGCACAUGGUGUCUCGGGAGGCGGAGUGGACAGAGCAGGAGGUGUCUGUGGAGUCCAGUCCCACCAUCAUCUACCAGGAGCUAUCCUCAGAGGCCCAGUCUGCUACCUCUACCAUCAAGGCCUUGCUGGAGCUACAGCAAAGCACAGUGAAGGAGAAGGGUGAGUCGAAGGUGAGGCAGCACACCAUCGACCUGAGCCAGAUGGCCGUGCCCCUGCAACUGGCCCCAGACAAGAGGAGCCCCCCUGAAGCCCCCAGAGCUCCCAUCUCCUCCACCUCCUCCUCCAGCACCACAGAGGGAGGGCCAGGGCCACAGGGAGAGGCUGGUCCACAGGGAGAGCCAGGUCCAGAAGGAGAGCCUGGUGCAGAGGCUGUACCUGCAGGUAAAGUGAGAGAAGAGGAGCUGCAGGUGUCCUCCGCUCAGCCUCUGGGAAAGGCUCUGAAGCCCGCUCCAGUUACCACGGUUACAAAGGCCACUGCCCCCUCCUCCUCCUCUUCCUCUUGUGUGAGCACGUCUGGGCACAGCAGCCACACGGUGUCAGACAGUAGUAAGAGUGAGUCGGUGCUGGAGCUGAGUGAGGUGGAGGGGGAUACUCUGGACCCUCAGACUGGCCUGUUCUAUCGCUCCAGCCAGACCCCCACCCAACCAGACCCUCACCCCCCACAGCUGCACAGCAAACCUCAGCUCACCCCCUCCACGCCGCCACUCGCCAAGAAGCCCCCCAAACUGAGAGAGUCACCCCAGAUGCCCUCCCACAGCCCAAAAGAAGGAACUGCCACCUCCACCCCGACACAAACCAUGGCCAAGGGCUCUGCUCCUGGGACACCCACCAAACCUCCGGUAACCCCCCAGCUACCCAAGCUCCAGCAUGCCCCCACGUCACACCACCGACCGCUGCGCGCUGACAUCUCCCACCCCCCGCCACUGCAGGCCCACCACCCCAUCAGCACUGACAAGGCCGCAGCCAGCCAGCAGCCCAUCAUCACUCAGAGUGCCACAGUUACAAAGAUCACGUUUGGCAGCUCUCACCCCAAUGCCGCCUACACCAGUGGAGAGGCCACUGCUAAGCUCCUGCCAGAGUCCAGCUCAGGGCCCUCAGGGACUGACAAAUCUGUGUCCGACAUCCUCAAGAUCUCCAUGAUGGAGGCAGAGAUCGACCCCAGCACAGAGCCGAUGGUAGUGGACUCAUCUAGUGACUGCGGGCCCCUGGGGAAGGCCCUGGAGGUGCAGGCCCUGGAUUCUGCUCCGUUCAUCAGCAGCUCCCACAGUAAAGCUCCCCAGUACAGCUGUCUGCAAAGCCUGGCCGCACAGAGGAGCAAGGAGGACAUGGACGUCAUCGAGGUGAUCCCUCAGUACUCCAUCCUGCCAGACUCCAGUCAGUCCAGUGUGGUGGUGGAGCCCAGUGGCUUCCUGGAGAUCACAAACUACACCAGCCAGCAGCUGGAGGAGGACAGCCCCAUGGAGACGGAGGUGGACAGCAGCAACGAUGAGGCCACAGCAAGCCCUUCUGAGCAUGCAUAGACCCUACUGUAUUAUGUGUAGAUCCAACAGUACCAGGAGCAGAACCAACAGUACCAAUCUCAUCUAGUUGAAGUGAAUAUGACGGGUUAGAUUACUAUUUUUUCUAAAACACAGCUAAGAUCAUUACAUUAAAAUUUUUUAUAAAACUUAAAGGAAAAAAUCCUAGUUUAAAAUUAUCCUGCUGAUAACAAAUCGUGACAUCACACUGGGGAACCAACACAGGGCCAAAACCUUUAAUGUGCACAUAAAUUAUUGUUACAAAUAGAAAUAUAAGAAAACACCUUUAUUUUGUUGAAAUAUUGUUUAAAGUAUUAGAAAAAAUGUUUUUCUUAUAUGUAAAUUGUGCCUGACUUUUAGAUGGAAUAAUCUCUAGUAUGAUGUUACCUCUACUUCCUGUAAUUUUCAACAUAUUUUUCAGCCGAUUGAUUGGUGUAAAACUCAUUUAUAUUUACAACAGGUUUUAUCUCAGCAAAUAAAGUCAGAAUUAGAGAAUCAUCUAAACCUGUCAUGUGCACUUUAACAUUAAGAUCAACCUUUUAUGUCAAAUUUCUGUAACUAAUUUUGCUGUUUACCUCGUCUCCAGACAACCAAUAAUGUAUCUCACCUUUUAUUAUAUUUUUUGCUGAUGGAGAUGCAACAUAAAUCUCCAUUAUUGGAUCUUCAGCUGCAAAUACUACCUAUCCUCCAUCUUUGGAAAGUUCUGACAUCCCAUGAAGGCAACUUAUAGAAACGUAACCCACAGUCAUGGAUAUACUGCCACAACAAAAACCUUUGUGACGUCAACAGGUACCAACUUCAUACAUCAAACUGCCAGAGACGUUGUGUUUUGAUGAUAUCAUAUCACAAAUGUGUUGAGAGACUCGUAUCUAAAGAAGCCGACUAUGUUUUGUAGAUUUUGUUCCAGCGAGACUUGAAGAACCUCUAUAAACCAUACAGAUUAUGGUCAAAGCAGUAAACAGAAAUGGAGACGCCUUCUGGGCUGUCACAUGUGAUGUUUGAUCUUUUUCUCAUUACCUUACGUAGGUAGCAUCAUUUCACUUGUGCUUUUAACUGGGCUGCCUCAUCGUGGAUGACUAAGGGACACUCAAAGUUGAAUCCGGAGCUUUGUACGUUUGAUAGACUUGUUAUGGACUGAAGCUUUUAGAGGGCCCACAGUUGAGACAUAUGGAUUACCACAUGUAAAGUCAAUUGUACUUUUGUAAGAUAGGUCUUGUGAAGAUUUGAUGAUGUGUUCUUGUUGCAUAGUGUUUGAGCUAUGCAUUUGUUUUGUACUUUUUCAAACCGCAGCACGACUAGUUCUGAAACGAUCAUUUAAGCUUCACAAUAAAUGAACUGAGUAGAACCACCACCCACCUCUCUAACUUGUUGUCUGUUAAAGGCGCUGCACCUGAUUUUUACUAUCUUAAAAUCAUGAAAAAUUGAACUACUUUAUUUUAAAUUGUUUACACUGGUUCAAAGUUAUUCCUCACUUACCUUAUCCAUUCUGAGCAUCCUAAUUAUUCACCACAGUAAGUUUAUAAGCGUUUUUCACAACUUUC